AUGAAUAGUAGGCUUGACGUGUAUAAACCCAGUUCGAAGUUUCUGCCAGUCAUUCGAUUGGAUAAACACCUGAGAACUCGAAAAGGCAGUCGACUUGGCAACUCCGGCAAUCGGUUAGAACUGCAGGUGCUCACCCAGCUCCAUCACGUGCCCUAGCUUGACCACGCCCACAUUAGACACCAGUGACAUCUAUUAGCAUCAAUCGCACGCACGUCUAGGAAAUUAACCUCAUCGCACACCGCACACAGCAUUUCAAAAUGGUCCAGGGAACUUCGUACGACUACGGCACCAAGGUGACGCCCGCGUCAGCGUCCUCGUGGGAGAAGGCCUCGGCGAAGCGCUCCGGCUACGAAGCCGUGCAACGCGCCGAUAAAGAGCGCCAGGAGCAGAAGGCCAAAGAGGCGAACAAGUAUGGCGCGUGGGGGUCCACCUUCAAGGGGCGUGAUCACUUUGCCAGCAUGCAUCACUGUUAAAUUAUUUCAGUAAUGCAGGCGAUAAAGUGAAAAUAAUCUAAAUUUUGUUUGAAUAACACAUUACUAAACUUUAAAAAUUGCAAUUUUGUUUUUGUUUUGUCCGGGGCUGUGUAGCUGUAGUCGGUAGUCAUUUUAAUCACCAUUUCGUUUGUUUUUGUUUUUUUUUUAAGUUUUGUUUUGCACCUAACACAUGGAAAUAAUGCUUUGUACACGUAAUAAAUGAUUAAUGAUCA